CGCUGCUGUUGGGCAACAGUAGUAGCCAAGCAAGCUAGACAGUGUGCAUGCUUAAUGCUUUUGGUGGCUGUGGGCCCCGUCCAAAAUCUUUGCUUUUGGAGUAGCAGAAUAAUUUUUAUUCUUACAGUUGCAUCCACAGUGGAUGGAUGGGUGGACACACGGUCUAUAAAGAGACAGGGCGCCGGAGCUCUGUAUGCUGCUUACGCGUGGACUGUCUUAAUGUGCCAUAUACAUAUAGCUUAAUACUACUAGGAUCUAUCGAGUGUUAGUUUGAUCCAGAGAAGACAAGAGGAGAUCGAUCAGGCCGGGCAGGGCAGGGAUGGAGGAGGAGGUGAUCUGGAAGGACAUGUCGUCCCUGUCCUCCACCCCGGUCGCCGGCCUGCAGCAGCACUACUACCUCAGCUCCCCGGCUCGCAGCUGCUUCCACCGGCCGCCGCCUCCCACGGCGCUCGCCCUCAGCUCCACGCUGGAGUUCACCUACCUCGGCUGCGCUGCUGCUACUGCUUCCAACUCCAGCUCCGGAGACGACGCCCAGCUCAUGCCGCCCGCCGCCGACUUGGACGACAUCCUCAUCUCCUUCGCCGCCGCCUCCAAUAAUCACACCGGAGCUGGAAGUGCUAAUAACAACAAGAGGAGUACUAGUGCUAUCACUGCAGGCGGCGGGUGCGAGCGGCGUCAGCGGCGGAUGAUCAAGAACCGGGAGUCGGCGGCGCGGUCUCGGGCCCGGAAGCAGGCCUACACCAACGAGCUGGAGCUGGAGCUGGCCCAGCUCCGCCGCGACAACCAGAUGCUCCUCAAGCGCCACCAAGACCUCAACGCUCGAUUGGCCAUGGAGGCGCAAGUCCCCGACAGGUCCACACUCCAGAGGUGCCGCUCCGCCCCUGCACCAUGACUCACUCCACAGAGUCCCUGCCCCGGCCGGCCAUCAACACAAUGUUAAUUGCAGCUAGCUAGCUGUAGCUUCCACCAUAUAAUUAGUAGCACUAAUCAUAUGUAUUAUAGCUACCUAGCUAGGAGCUAAUUAGCAGUACGUACGUUCUGAGUGGCUAGCUGAUUAACCACAUGCAUGUAAUGUGUGCAAUGUAUGUAAUCUCCAGGGUCCUGCGCUGCGCCCGCGGCCUUAAUUUUCUCGGAACAGCGCGAGACUCCAGUCUGUAGCAUGUGUAGCUAGCCACAUCGAUCGACGCGACCAACCAUAUGUAAUCUCCUUUAAUUGCCAAGAAUCGAAGAUAUAUCACGCAUCCUGGUUGAUUCUUUCUUUUCUUUUUUUGCGAGUAGCAGCAGGCUGGCUUUUCUUUCUGUGGUGGUGGCUAUCCUGCAGGCUGCAGUAGUGCAGCUUGUCCUUGUAGUUAAGCUAGCUAUGGAAAGAUGCAUGUGGCCGGAAUCCUAUGUAUACAUGUCCUUUCCCAUAUGAUAUAUGCAAAAGCACCUUUUCCCGUUAA